AUGUACGCGGGACCACGCUAUAACCCCUACAGUGUAAUGAACAUGGCCAACCCAGAAAUAUGGUUCUCGAAACUUGAGGCUCGUUUUUAUCUUCAAGGCAUAACCUCGCAACUGGACAAGUAUUAUUAUGCCGUGGCAGAACUACCCAGCAAUGCAGCAAUUGAAGUCGCUGAUCUGCUCAAAGCCGUACCAGAGGGGAACCCGUAUGACCAGUUGAAACACGGAGUUAUCACGCGAUUGAAGCAAAUUAACGAAGAAUGUCAACAAAGGGAAUCGUCCAGUGUUCGAUCGGGCAAUGCUGUGCUGCCGAAAAUGCACCAGGUGGCUGAGGGCUGGAAGAUCGAUGACACAGGACCGCGCCAGACGGGGACGGAAAGAACAAGGCGCGUUAUUGGGGAGUCUGGCCCUGCCAUACCUCCCAACAAACCAGCGGAAUCGGCUAGUGUCAACAAAGACCCUAAAGCAGUUGAACAUCCGACCACACAAUUUAGGGAAUUUUCUUGGGAUUUGGAUAUUAAUGGCGUUAUUCGGGACUUGGGAAAAGUGAUGAAUGUAUUGACUACUGUAGGAGACCAGAAACGAUGA